CCGGUGGCUCCCCCCGCCCCGGAGCUUUAUAUGCAGGGGAACCGAUGAAGUGAAAGCCGCGCUUCUCCCAGCAGCGGAGCUACAGGCGGGCGGCAGCAGGAGGCGAGAGCCAUGCGGGAAUACAAAGUAGUUGUCCUUGGAUCGGGCGGGGUGGGGAAGUCGGCUCUGACCGUGCAGUUUGUCACCGGAUCGUUCAUAGAGAAAUACGACCCCACCAUAGAGGACUUUUACCGGAAGGAGAUCGAAGUGGAUUCGUCGCCCUCUGUGCUGGAGAUCCUGGACACUGCAGGCACCGAACAGUUCGCUUCCAUGAGAGACUUGUACAUUAAGAACGGCCAGGGCUUUAUCCUGGUCUACAGCCUGGUGAACCAGCAGAGCUUCCAGGACAUCAAGCCCAUGAGGGACCAGAUCAUCCGGGUGAAACGGUACGAGAAAGUGCCCAUGAUUCUAGUCGGGAACAAAGUGGAUCUGGAAGGCGAGAGGGAAGUGUCCUACGGGGAAGGGAAAGCCCUGGCGGAUGAAUGGAACUGCCCCUUCAUGGAAACUUCAGCCAAACAUAAAGGCUCCGUGGAUGAACUGUUUGCCGAGAUCGUCAGGCAGAUGAACUACGCGUCCCAGCCCAACGGGGAUGAUCGCUGCUGCUCCUGUGUCAUUCUCUGAGCCCCGGUGCUACAUUGACUCCCACUGCCUGGCAGCACAGGGGCGUGUUUGUCCUGGGGAUGUCAUCUGCUCAUCAAGUGGCUAGCAUACAGUAUGUGGGGGGCUCUAAUGGGUCUUGUCUAUUCCAUGUGCCCAGGGCUCUGCGGGCAAAACACUGAAGCUUUGGCCAACACGAAAAGGAGAUACAUUGGAGAUGCCUCAGCACGUACCAAUGCCCUGUUUGCAGACAGACAUGGACAGACCUACCCUUUGGGGUGCAGUUAGGAGGGCUGCCUAUUGGGGGCCCUGCUGAGUACAAGGGUUUGGGAGGAAUUGGGAGGAGAAGGCCCAUAAUUGUACCUCUUAGACUGUUCAUGCAGCACCUGUAGCAGCAUGGAGAAGGAUCACCUGAGGAAUGGAGUAUAACUGUGGUAUAGAGGGGUAAAUAGAAACACCAGAACUAUCCAACUUCUGGCCUUUCAGCUACUUCCAAACUGCAACGCCCAGCAUCCUCUGAACAUUAAAGGCUGCCUGGGGUUGCUAGGGGUUGUUGUUGAGAAACAGCUGCAUGGCCACAAGUUGGUAAGCCCUGCUUACUACAGGGGAUGGGGCCUCCUAUUGAGUGGUUGAUCUUGGGCCCCACCUCCACUAAUAAAAGGCCUGGAAAUGGGUGAGUGCAUGAAGGGACCUACUCCUUAAAUCAAGCCUUAUCUAAGUUCUGAAAGGCACACAGAAAUAUCCAAAUGGAAUGGAGUCUCUCCCCACUCCCAGACUUGCAGUUCACCUGCUGACUUUCAUUUUAGGUAUCUAUGCAAAGUUGGAUGAUUGUUACAGAGUAUACAUUCAGAAGUAUUGCACAUCUAAAAUGAGAUAAAAGAUGCCAACAUGGCUUGGGCGCCCAAUGUGGCCUCCUAGCUGGUAUGUGUGUUUGUGUGUGUGUGUGUAUGAAAUCUAUUUUGUUUACCUGCUGUAUCAUAUGGGGAUCUGGGAAGAUUAUUAGUAUUUUUUCUUAUCAGCUGUGAAAGUGUUACAGAUGUUUAUGUUUUAUGUGUGCUGGCAAUAACUGAUUUUUGAUGCUUAGCUAUUUAAUAUACAGUGAAUUGACUUAAUUGUGAGCCAGGGUCAAUAGUGCCCUGUGUCCUUAGAGUGCCUUCAAAAUUCAGCUGUUCCAGCCGGUGCCAACCUGUGAAAAUCCUCAACAAAAUCUCAUUAUCUUCUAUUCUGAAAACUACUUAACAGUUUCCUCUCAGUAAUCACACUGAACAAGCGUAGACAAAGGAAUCUAUUGUCCCUGGAACCUAUUUCUGAGCCUGUUAUUGUAAUUUCCAUGUCUUGCACAUUUUUUGGAGGGGAUGGCGAUUAACCUUUUCUGUGUCCAGCAGACCAUGCCAGCAAGAAUGUAGAGUGGCACAGGAAGAGUCUUUAAGCAUUUGUUUUAGUACGUGUUACGCCCCUCUUUCUGUUCUUACUAUACCAGCAGUGGCUAACAUUGCAAAUCAGCCAGAGAUGACAAAUUGUGAUGUACCAAGACCGUUAACAUGUGUUAUUUUAUUUUCUGGACAGGCUCUGAAAAAGCCCGUCUCUUCUGUUUUAAACUGAGUUCAAUACAAAAUCCUUUGUGACAUCA